AUGAGAUUCCUCUGCGUACUGAUCCUUGCCUGCCUGGUGGCGAGCAUUUAUUCCGCGGCCACUCCGGCGGCCACUCCAGCGGCCACUCCGGCGGCCACUCCGGCGGCCACUCCGGCGGCCACUCCGGCGGCCACUCCGGCGGCCACUCCUGCGGCGUCCAAUACGACGUCCACAAAUACCACAACGACAACCACCACCACCACCACCACUGUGGCCCCCACAACGACCACCACCACGGAGGAGUCGAGCGACAAGAAGGAAAAGCACAAGAUCCAUUACAACAACCGGCGCCGCAGGAACAAUGCGGCGAGAAACAGGCAGAGGGAGAGGAGAGAGAGGAGGGAGAGGAGAGAGAGGCGGGAGAGGAGAAACAAGAGGAGGAACAGGCGCAACCGUCGCAGCGGUUAAAAAAUCCCAACCGUAAACCCCAAGCCAACCCAACGAUCCCAACCAAAACUAUAACAAAAUUUCUAAAAUUAUAAUAAUAUAUUUGCAGUAAAUAAAACAUUCGAAUGAGCACAUAAAAA